UACUUUUGCCAGAACAAAAAAUCAGUACUGUUACGCUUUAGUUGCCCGUCAUGUCCUCCGCCAGCCAGGCUCUCAAUGUGCCAGGGAACCGAAAGGAGAUUUUUCCCUGAUUGCUAACUAUGUACUGCUAUCAGAGCCUUUCCUCUCAAUUUGACCAAAGAGUAAAGCGGUUUUGUGUUGGUGAGCGCGAUGUAUGGUUCAGCUGCUGGCUUUACUUCAGUGUGAACGUAUUCACAAGAUACUUCAUUAUUACAACAUGCCUACUUGCAUUGUCAAUGGCUGUCAUCACAGCUGUAAGAAGAAGAAGUCAUUUCCAAAUGUUGUACUGCAUGUUUUUCCUGGAAAUAUAGAUACCAUAAACAAAUGGUUGCAAAACAUUCCACAAGAUUUUGGAGAUAUCGAUGAAAUGGCGCAAAAAAUACUUCUUCGAAAGAAAACAGAUGCAGAUCGUAUAUGCUCGGAUCAUUUUGCACCAGAUUGUUAUGUUUACCAAGGAACAAAAAGAGUACUAAAGUUGGAUGCUGUUCCUACCAUAUUUCCUAAGAAGACUUUGUCCACAAGUACCCCAUGUCGAAGAUCAGCAAGACAAUUGAAACAACAGAAUACCACAGUUACAGAGAGUGUUACAGAGGGAGGAGAAUCAGAUAUGUCAUUAGAAAAAAGUAACCAGGAAUCCACUAAAGUUUCAUCAGCCAUGACAUCAUUUGCCAGGGUAUCAGAGCUUCAAGAGACAGAAACAAGCUCACAAAGAACUUCAUUUUCAAUACAAGUAUCAAAUUCUGGAUUGCAAACUUCUUCAAGUAGCCAGUCAAGGCCCACAGAUAUAACCAGGAAUCCUCUACAUGUUGACACUGGAAUGAAUACAGACUGUUGGGUCAACUGUCAUAAUCAAGGUACAAUGACAAAUCCCAAAUUUGGAACAAGAAGUAUAAAAAUUCAGUCAAACGUCAUAACAAGUAACAAGUUUAUACAAUGUGAACGAAUUACUACUAGCAAACAAUCAUCUGUUUUACCAUCAUCUUCUCAUGACUUUGUGAUGCACUUGACACCUAUCACAAUUUUACCUCCAGAACAAAGCAUUGCUUUAUUAUUCCCCACUACUAUUUCUGAAAAACCAGGACAUUCGCUACAAUUGUAUGAGAGACAAUCUCUAGAUUUUGCAACUAAUUCCAUCGCAAGAGACUGGUGUGGAUCCUGUUCAAGAAGAUUUGGAUGGAUCAUACAACCCAUCAAAUCAGAAUUUAGUAGAGCUAAAAAUGGAGGCAGAAGUAGAUGAUUCCUCAGUGGAUUCUAAAUGUAACAUUUCAUCACAUACCCAAGACGCAAUUUCUGAAAACAAAUAUUUAGUUUUUGAAUCAUGUCUGGAUACACUUUUGAUGGGAUCUCGAUGUUUAGGUGCGAAAACCUGUCCAGCUGCAAUAAGGAAACUGAAAAAGAGAACUAUUGGAUCUUUUCUUAGCGUUGAUGCUGAAUGUCUAAAUGGACAUAGGUUCCACUUGUGGGAUAGUCAGCCUAAGAAAGGAGGAAUGCCACUUGGGAAUAUUUUGACGUCGGCUGCAAUUUUACUUAGUGGCUCAAAUUAUCACAAAGUCAGCUACAUGAACAAAAUACUUGGUCUGAAACAGGUUAGUAAAACUACUCACUAUCGUAAUGAGAGAACCUAUUUGUUUCCAACAAUUGACUACCACUGGCAUCAAGAACAGGAGAAGACAAUUCAAGAAUUAGGAAACAAGCCAGUAUGUUUAUCCAGUGUUAGACAAAAUGACAGCCUAGGUUUCAACACUACAUAUUGUAUAUAUAGUUUCAUUGAGUCAUCAACCAAGAAAAUAGUGAGCUUCAGCAUAGAUCAAGUUUCUAAAAAAUGUAAUUCAGUGUUUCCAGAAAAAGAAACAUUUAAGAAAGCUCUUAACGUAAUAAAAGAUAAAGGUGUCAAUGUGCAGUUGAUAUGUACUGAACGCCAUCCAGGUAUAAGAAAUGUUAUGAAAACAAAUUACAAUCAGAUUAUGCACCAGUUUGAUGUCUGGCACUUUGCAAAAUUUGUUGGGAACAAAGUUGUGAAUGCAAGCAAAAAAAAGGCCUGUGAGGAUCUUGCACAGUGGGUUUCACCAAUAAAAAAUCAUGUCUGUUGGGCAGCAAGAACAUGUGAAGGAAAUAAGGAUCUACUGAUGGAGAAAUGGUUGUCUCUUUUAUACCAUGUGAUCGGUGUCCAUGAAUGGGAAACAGGCAAACUGUACCAUAAGUGUGAACAUGAAGAUCUGACUGAUGUUGUUGAAAAAAGACAUUUAUGGAUAAAAAAGGAUUCCUUUGCCCAUCGUAAGCUUGCUGAAAUUAUGCAUAGUAGAUCAGUCACUAAGGAUAUUCCUCAUCUCUCUCAAUAUUGUCAAAAUGGUGAAAUUAAUUUUUAUCACAGCAACACCUUAAAAUAUCGUCCCAAGCAAAACCGUUUCUUCAUGGGUGGUAUGACGGCUCGAACACAGUUAGCAGCUAUAGACCACAACCAAAACAUCCAACGUCAAAGGAUUCAUAUGGUGAAAGAUAAAAGCCAAGCAGAAGGUAAUCAACACCCUCAUUUGGGGUACAGCAAAAUCAAGAAAAACUGGGUGAUAAAACCGGUAUAUGACAUCAAACAAUGUGAUUUUGCUUUUGACAUUUUACGAGACAUUCUUAGCUAUGUUUCAGGAGAAAAAGUGUUCCAAUGGGAAUCUAAACUGGAUAAAAUUCCUCCAAAACAUUGCCAAGCCACUUAGCACUAUUAGUACAUAAACACCUGUCAAGAUUUCCUAAAUGACUUUGCGUUUAUUAGUCUUAUUGUUUAUUACCUUUCAAACUGACAUACAAUAACUGCAAUACGUCUGUGGUUAAGGAUGAUAGCACCAUUCUCAAGAGGCCAGAGAAUAAAACUAGGGUUAAGUGAAUAACUGUAAAAGUAAAUUGGCAGAUUUCAAACAUUUUAAUCAGCUAGCUAUAUAUUAGUUGACCACUGGUCUAAGGGUCCUCACUGUUCUUAAUAAAGCAUAAUAUUAAACAUC